GCCGUGCUGGUGGUGCUGUGCUACCGCUGGCGCCGCGAGGACAAGAAGGGCCGCCACGGCGAGUACGACAGCCUGGGCCCCAGCAUCGUCGUCUACCCGUCCUACCACGGCAAGGGGCCGCAGUUCCUGUCGAGCGACAUCAGCUUCAAGCUGCCGCCCAUCGCCAAGCUGCGCCACACGUCCUCGCUGGACGCCAUGGACCUGCUGGACUCGGACGACGGCGGCAGCGCCACGUCGGCGUCCACGUGCACCGUGACGUCGGCCAACGCGGCCCUGGGCAGCGCGGGCAGCGCCAGCACACUGUCGCCCAGCCACUCCAGCCACUCGCAGCGCUCCAACUCGUUCAGCGGCUGCGCGCUCGGCUCCCUGGACCCCAGCCUGUACCGCGGCGGCGCCGCCGACCUGGAGGAGGAGAUGCUGUUCCCGGAGGACCACCUAGGCCGGCUGUGGUUCGGCGCGCACUACGAGCCCACGGCCGAGAAGCUGACGGUGACGAUCAUCAAGGCCAAAAACCUCCAGUCCAGGACCGUGGCCACGGCCAACAACUGCGACCCCGUCGUGCGGCUCCACCUCAUCCCCGACGAGCGGAGGCACCUCCAGUCACGCCAGAAGAAGAAGACCUGCAACCCCGUGUUUGACGAGACGUUCGUGUUCCAGGUGCCGUCCAAGGAUCUGGAGGACCACGCGCUGCGCAUGACGGUGGUGGACACGGGCCGCAACAAGCGGAGGGCUGUCAUCGGCCACCUCACUUUCCCGCUGAGCCGGCUGGCCGACGCCUCGGCGCCCGCCGUGUACAAGAUGGACCUGGAGAAGGACACGCCCGAGAUGCUGUCGGACCUCGGCGAGAUGCUCGUGUCGCUGCUGUACAACGAGAACCUGCACCGCCUGUCCGUGGCCGUCAUCGAGGCCCGCCGCGUCAAGUUCCGGGACGACCGGCGCGAGGCGUACGUGCGCGUCAUCCUGCAGCAGCACCACGGCCAGGUGAAGGUGAAGAGGACGACGACGGUGCGCUGCCAGGACGACAACAUCAACUUCUCCGAGUGCUUCAACUUCCACGUGCCGGCCGCCUCCAUCGACGUCUCUUCCCUCGCGCUGCAGCUGGAGCAGCCGAGCACGCGCUACGGCCGCGGCCACAAGCUGAUCGGCAAGUGCGUGCUGGGCUCCUACAUGUUCGCCCGCGGGAAGGCGCUGACACACUGGAACACGUCGUUCGGCAACCCCAUGCAGCAGGUGCAGCAGUGGCACGCCCUGUCCAUCUAAGCGCCAUUCCAAGUCUCGAAGCGAUGGGACCGUGUGUUGAGUUAAUGAGUGGUUCAAAAUCUUUAUUUUGGAGGUUUCGUGUUGAAUGUCACCAUUGCAUAAGUGCGCCGUCGGCACAGUUAUACAAAUCGAUGGCGUGCUAAUUAGAAUUAAAUAUUACUUUUAGAAAUGUGUUAAGCAUUGCACACAAAUGUUGAUACCUGCUCGAUAAACCUUGAUGCAUCAGCUAUCCUUUAUCUGCUGUGUUUACUCAUGAGAACACAAUGCUUCUAGUGAGACCCUUUGAUUAUUGGAAAAUGAGACACCUUCGAGUAUUUUUGUUUGUUUCAUGAUCAUGUGUGGAAGUGAAAUGCAAUGGCUAUUUUUAUAUAUUAAAGUUAAAUAGGGUAGCACACAAGUUUAUUUGGUAGAGCUGUGAUAAUACAAGAAUAUUUGUUGCAUUGUAUCACCUAGAUUUUGUUGGCCCAUCAAAGAGAGCACAAUAUCCUUGAUUCAAUUAUUAAAUCCUGAGAUGAGUGUGGAGGAACUAGUUUCAUCAGGAAAUCAAAAUACAUAUUCAUUAAAUCUA